UGGACGAGCGUUAGAACAUCAAGCGUGAUAGAAAUAUUUCUCUCGCAGUCUAAGAAAUAGAGGUAGAGACCGACAGGGACAGCAGACUCAGCUUUUAACAUCUCAGAAAGAGACUUAAAGAAAGAGGACAACAAGGCAAUAAGGAAAGGAGGAGACAAUAGAGAGCUGGACUGAUUGACUUAUGACUUCUGAGGGCUGUGGACAUUUUGGCUUGAGAACAGAAGAGAUUUCAAAGUCAGAGUAAACGCGGCUCAACAUGUAGAUGUUCUGCACGUUUCUGGUUAAACCUCCCCCCUUUCCCUCCUCCCCAGACUUGAAUCAUUUACCCUGCACGCCAGUCAGCAGAGACAAAUCUAAAUGUGUUUGGAUACAUCUGGGGGGUGCGUCUGAGAGGGAGAUGCACAGAGAAGAAGUGUGACAUGGUGCCGACCCAAAUUGACAGAGACGAGGAAAGAGAGGACUGUUCAGGGGCAGACUCGUCUCCAGCCAGACACAGGUAUUCUCUAUUUGAUACUACGAUCAGUCAGAAAAGGAUACAUGUUUAAUAGAACUACAGUCCAUAUAAUACUCUAAUUUUGUAAUUCAAAGUCUCUUUGAUGUGUGUGUUUGGCUUUGUAAUGUUAAAUAGUUAUUUCAUUUGAAAUUCCAAUGUGUACGGCUUCAUUCUUUUUAUUAUAUUAUAGUAUUUAAUAGAAGAAUCACCAGUAAUUAGCUUUGUGAGAAUAUAACUGUCUAAAGUGCAUUUGCAGAUUCAUGUUCCAAUAAAUGUAGUAAUACAAUAAGUAAUACUUAGGAGGCUGUCUCUGUAAACUAUAACUCACAGACAACACACCUCUGGUUGUUUACAACUGGAUCAAAUGCGUCAUUAAUGGUGUUCUUGAUUUAGAGCAACAGAUGAAGUGAAAGCCAUACGACUAACUGCUGAACCGUCACAAGCCAUAACCAUCCGAGACUAUAAUCAAUAAUAAUAAAACGCAGCGCUGUGCUUAGUAUCGAUGAGAAUCCCGUGGUCAGCCUGUCACUCACACACUUUGUUGCGUAUGUUACUGUGAGGAGAAAAUGUGAAGGCUCUGUCUAGAGAGAACGUACAUGAAGAUGGAGGAGGAGGAGGAGACAGACAUUUUGCCUGUCAGAGACUAAAGAAAAAGGAGCAACUAGAGACAACUGGCUGCUAACAGACUUAUAAGUGCUUCCUAAAUCAAAGGGGUCGCCCUGCUGUCAGAUAUACAAAAAGAGACAAAGACGUGACUGCUGGGUAUUGAUUGUGACUGAGUGCUCUACCUACUUAGACAGCAGAGGGGGAGACAGACAAUAACCUCUACCUAAGAGGGAGGCAGUAGCCACAGAGAGAAAGAGAGCAGGGGAGAAAUCCUCUUCCUCGACCCAUCUCGUCUUCAGGAUGGCGGGCUCAGCCAUGGCAUUCACCUUUGCGGCCUUCUGCUACAUGCUCACCUUGGUGCUGUGCGCUGCCCUCAUCUUCUUCGUCAUAUGGCAGAUCAUUGCAUUUGAUGAGCUCGGCACAGACUUCAAAAACCCCAUUGAUCAGAGCAAUCCCACCAGAGCGAGGGAAAGGAUUCUCAACAUUGAAAGAAUCUGCAACCUGCUCCGCAGAUUGGUGGUACCGGAGUACUCCAUCCACGGGCUCUUCUGCUUGAUGUUCAUGUGUGCUGCAGAGUGGGUCACACUUGGCCUAAAUGUCCCACUUCUCUUCUACCAUCUCUGGAGGUUUCUUCAUCGGCCAGCUGACGGCUCAGUGGUCAUGUAUGAUCCUGUCAGUGUGAUGAACGCCGACAUUCUCAAUUACUGCCAGAAGGAGUCCUGGUGUAAGCUAGGCUUUUAUCUGCUCUCUUUCUUCUAUUAUCUCUACAGUAUGGUCUACUCCUUGAUCAGCUUCUAGCAGACAGGAUAUCUGGAGAAAUAAAAGGACGUAUCAGUAAGAAAGACUCAGAGGAACAAAUGGAGACAUUAACUCUUCCUCUCUCCAUGUAUCUUUCCCGACACUGGCUUGAGUUGUCAACAGUUUAACAUUGGACAAACACAAGAAGACUUAUCUGAGUGAUCAUUUGAAUGUAAAGGACUCCAUUAUAUCACUUUGACCCAGACCAUGCUGUCAGACGACUGGACAAAGUUUGAAAGGACUGAAACAAAACAGAAAGAGGACGCGUCAGGUGUGUUGCCUUUGAACCAUUAUACGAAUCAACAGUACAUCUCUGAAGGGCUGGAGUUUUCCCAUGCUGCUCUUACUGAUCCAGUCGCUCAACUCACUGUGAAUCUCCAAACACUUAGGGGCUGGAAAACGAAAUAACAUGUCUGUAUUCUUUGACUUUGAAAAUGUACUAAGAGCAGGGUUGUUUUAGUAAGAUUACAUGUGCUUAAGAUGAGAGACAUCUGUAUUAUCAAACCACUGCUUUGAUUGUGUUAGAGGUGCAUAUAACUGUAAGAAACAGGUUCAAGUGUAUAGGAGGACUUUAAAGCACUGUAAGCAAUUGACACGGCUGGCAGGGGAAUGGAGAUGAACCAACACAACAUCUCCUUGACGCCACCCCCUACCAAAAGUCAAAUGUCACACUGUAUCUAAAACAACGAGGAAUAAUUAUAACUUUGACCGCGAGGGUCAGUGCUUGUGAUGUGCAUUUCAUAAUAGGUAUGUCCAUACAUGUAGGGAUGUAUUUUAGCUACAGGUUCAUGCUUUCCAAAGAGCUUCGUGCUCAGACAUUUAAUGCCAAAACAUAUAUCUGAAAAAAACAUUGUGCCAAAUCAAUUGGGGCGAGUGAAAGGAAACUAAUAGUGUGGCUUUUUCAACUACAUGCUAAGGCACUGUCAAGUUCUGUUCUCUAUUUUCACUUUCUGUAACACACAUUUCAUUUUGGCACAAUGUUUUUUAAUUGAUGAACAUUUAAAAAACAUGUAGAUCUGUUGUGGUUUGUUUUUUUUAAGUGACCUUUUUCCAGUUUAUUCUAACUUAUCAGCAUCUAUACUAUUGUCGUUUUUAGCACAGCAAAUGUACUCUGAUGUGAGGUAGAAUGUAGAAAUCUCAUGUACAAGAAGCAAUGAAAAACAGCAAACAAGCAAUGUGAUUGGAUUGAGAAGACAUUUCCAUGCAGUGUUAUUUAUGUAUGUAAUAACGGCGAGUGGGAUACAAGCGGCAGACGAGACAAUUAAUGCCUAUGACAAUGUUUCCGUUUUUCUCAGAAGUGUAAAGGCAGUGAUGUCCUCUCAUCACGUCUGCAAUCAUACAGACAGAAGUGACAUGCUGCUAAUGAUGGAGAUUCGUAAACAGUAAAGCCUUUCCUCAACUAGCCUUUGUUAUCAUGUGUUCAUUAGUUUGAUCUGUGAGUAGAUAAGUGAUGGUUCAAAUGUGUGAUUUUAAACAUCAGUAGAAAAUACAGAAGAUACUGGACCCUGAGAACAAACUGUGUUUGUCAUACGCCCGACACGUAGUAAAUGGUGGCAACAAUUCAUUGAUGCAAGUUUUAGUAUCACUAAUAUUCAGGAUGUUCUUUCAACCCUAAAUACAGAUCACAGUUAAGUCAUUAUUAUAUGUACAUAAAUCAUUUUCAAAUUGUGUGUAUGUUAGCCUAUGACAGGUUGAACUACAUUUCAAUUGGAAGCAGAGAUAGAAUAAGGCUGGCAUAUUUAUAAGUUAGUUGGUGUCAAUAAAUCCUAUGAGAAGACUUAAACCAAUGUGUAUUUCGUUUCGACUCCCCUAUUCUGUCUGUGGACCUCAGCCCCAAAAUGUGUUCCUAAAGUGUGAAAGAGGUUAAAAAUAUCUUAUUUAAUCUUAAAGGGUAAAUCAUUUCCAAGCUUGGUACUAUUGUUUUCAGAAAAUGUCACUCAAAGAAAUGUGAAAUGGAGCAUUUCAUGGGGCCUAUUUUCAGCAGGGGAUUGAUACACAUUGCUGCACUAGUGAGUAUUUACCAUUGACUUUAUUUGCAGCAGGACCCUGACGCACCAAACAUCCUUCUUAUCUUAUAUAAUAUCCUCAGUCUUGUCUUUUAAAUACGAAGUUGAUUCCAAAUUAAACAAUGUUUUAAAAAAUAAUGCUUUCAAAACAAUAUUAAAAUGUCCUCUGUAGUGAAUGCUUCUUACAGAUUAAAUGAUAUGACACUAAUUAAGAAAUCUGUGUGGUAGAGCUUCACCACAAACAAGUCCUGUGUCGAUCACAGUCUGUUUUUAUGUCACUUUGGAACAAAUGAAGGGUUUUAAAAGAACAACUCUUUUGAGAAUUUCAACCAAACUGCAGCAACUUUAAUAAUCUUCUGUGAGCGUUUUUGCACAGUAUCAACACUCUGCCAACAAUAUGAGUGUAUGGAGUCUGGACAAUCACUAUUAAAGCACAGUAACACGAGGACAACAUGAGAACUGCCGCUUGGUUGAAUGUCAUUAUGUAGUUGCUCUAAACAAAGCAUUUUAGAAAAUUGUAUUUGAGUAUAUGUAUUUGUAUCCGUCUUUUAUACAUUUGUCAUCAAUGUACGCUACAGUGAAUUUGGUGGAUUAUUUUAUAUUUAUUAGGUUACACUAUGACGUACAGUUAAUAAAGCGAUUCUCAUGCCGUAUUCUAAUAAAACAGUUGCCAAAAAAA